GUAAAUUAAUUUCAUUCGCCACAAAGAAAAUUUUCAUUUAUCUAUUGUGAUUAAAUCAUGGAUGAUGAAAAUGAUUCACAAAUGACUACCAAUGCAACUUUUCUUAAACUAUCUACGUAUGUGGAAAAAAAUUUCCACAAUGUUUCAUUUGAUUUUUCAUUGUAUCCGGGUUUUAAUUCAGCAUUAAACAUUGAACGUUUAUUAUUGCUAAAUCUAUCGAAAUUGAAAUAUUUUAUUGAAAAUUAUGAAUGGCUACCAUUUGCUUUUUCAUUAUUAUAUUUUAUCAUUAUUGUAUGUUGGAUUCCACGAUUAAUGCGCACUCGUCAACCAUAUCGAUUGAAUGAUGUUAUUUCAUUCUGGAACUUAACAAUGGCUUUGUUUUCGAUUGUAGGCACCUUUCGAUUGUUACCCGAAUUGAUCUUCAUGAUACAAAACUAUAGUCUUUUUCAAUCGAUCUGUGACGAUCGUUAUAUUGACGAUCCAAGAUUUUUUCUCUGGAUGUUCCUGUUUCAAUUUUCUAAAAUAUUCGAGCUACUUACCAGCUUAUUUAUCGUGUUGAAUAAACAAAAAUUACUAUCGAUUCAUUGGAUAUAUUACAUUAUUUCAUUGUGUUAUUCAUGGCAAAUGUUAAAUAUGCCGAGUAAUACUCGUUGGCUAGUCUGUACAGAUUUUCUAGUCCAUUCUUUUAUGCAUCUGUAUUUUGCAAUGAAAUUAUCAACACCGCACCCACUACCACGUUUAUUUCCCAUAUUAAUAACACUAUUACAAAUCAUACAGGGAAUAAUUUGCCUAAUAACCGAAUGGGUUACUUUAUGGUAUCCGCAACAGGUUUGUCAUAAACAAAAAUACCUAUCUAUCAUCGGUUUUACUAUUUAUGCCGUAUUUACGGUUUGGUUGAUUCGCAUUUUCAUUGAAAAAUAUCUACCAACAAAUGAUCAUGAAGCAAAUGAAAUAAAGAAAAAUGAAUAAAAAAAUUCAAUUGAAUUCUCUUUGUGCUGCCAU